AUGGUAAAUCAGCUUUUACAGUUUUCAAGGGCUAAGAAAAUAUCUUCUCAAAACCACACUGUAGUGAGGGAAUUCAUUCUCUUGGGACUCACAGAGGAUCCAGUGCUAGAAAAGAUCCUGUUUGGGGUGUUUCUGGUGAUCUACCUAAUCACACUGGCAGGGAAUCUGUGCAUGAUCCUGCUGAUCAAGACCAAUUCCCACCUCCAAACGCCCAUGUAUUUCUUCCUUAGCCACCUCUCCUUUGUAGACAUUUGUUAUUCCUCCAACAUUACUCCAAAUAUGCUGCAUAAUUUCCUCUCAGACCAGAAGACCAUCUCCUAUGCUGGAUGCUUCAUGCAGUGUCUUCUCUUCAUUGCGCUGGUGAUCACUGAGUUAUAUAUCCUUGCUUCCAUGGCAGUGGAUCGCUAUGUUGCCAUUCGCAGCCCUUUACAUUACAGCACCAAAAUGCCCAGGAACAUUUGUAUCUCUCUAGUCAUGGUCCCUUAUACUUUUGGCUUCCUCAGUGGACUCUCUCAGACACUGCUGACUUUUCACUUGUCCUUCUGUGGCUCCCUUGAAAUCCAUCAUUUCUACCGUGCUGACCCUCCUCUUCUAAUGUUGGCCUGCUCUGACACCUAUGUCAAGAAGACGGCAAUGUUUGUAGUCGCUGAUUUUACUCUCUCAAGCUCCCUCUUCAUCAUUCUCCUGUCCUACCUUUUCAUUAUUACAGCUGUCUGGAGGAUCCGUUCUGCUAAAGUCAGGCACACAGCCUUUUCUACCUGUGCUUCCCACCUUACAACAGUCACCAUAUUUUAUGGAACCCUCUGCUGCAUGUACUUAAGGCCCCCAUCUGAGACGUCUAUAGAGGAGUCCAAAAUAAUUGCAGUCUUCUAUACGUUUUUGAGCCCAAUGCUGAACCCAUUGAUCUACAGUCUAAGGAACAAGGAUGUGAUCCAUGCCAUGCAGCAAAUGAUUAAGGGAAAUCUCUUUCAUAAAAUUGCAGUUUAAGCAUGUGUUCAUUUGUCAUUACUAAGUGUCAGUGAUGACGUGGUGACUCCCUUCAAAGAACAAACCUACUAUUCUAUAGUCAUGAUUUGUUUAUCUUCAUGAACUGUCAAUGACAUUAGCUAAAUUCUCCGCAAAAUUAAUACCUU